CGUUUGGUAUAGGGUAUAAGAUGGGAUAUACUGGUACUAAAUUUUUGGGUUAAAUUAGUACCAUGUUUGGUUUGAGUUAUUAAUUAGUACUGGUACAAAAUUAUACCAUAAAUUGGGAUAAUAUUAUCCCCUUUUCUAGUUGGUAUAACUAAUACCGGUACUAAUAUAUGUUGGGAUAACUUUUCAAAAUGACCAUCUUGCCCCUUAACCUGUUUCAUAUAUACGUAUAGCGCUGUUCUAGAAUUUUCUUUUCUCAUCUUCACUUCUCCCACCAGAGCUUUGGGCACUCAGCUAUGGGAGAUUGAUACUCCAACAAAUCCAACAUAUUGAUACUCCAAGAAAUCCAUCUCUCUUUGGUCAAUAUCAUAUUGACGGAAUGAGUAAUCACACAUCAUCUUCUGACCAAGCAUCAAAAAGGUCGAGCCAAGCAACACCUCAGAGCCGAAGGUCAUGGACACUAGAAGAAGAACGCACUCUUAUUGAUGGUUUAAAGGAUUUGUGUGUCAAGGGUUGGAAAGCGGAUAAUGGCACCUUUAGGCCCGGAUACAUGACGGAAUUGGAGCUUUAUUUAAACAAAAUCCAUCCUAAUUGUGGAUUGAAAUCUCAACCACAUAUUAAUUCUAAAAUGAAAACAUGGAAGACGGAUUACGGGACUAUAGCUUUAUUAAAAAGUCGUAGUGGUUUGGGCUUUCAAUAUGGUGAAGGAAGAAUUAUAGUUGAUGAUCCAAGCAAAUGGGAUGAGUUUGUUAAGGCUGAUCCAAAUGCCAAAGGAAUGCAAAACAAGACAUGGCCAUUGUUCGAGGAUUGGGAAGAAAUAUUUGGAAAAGAUAGAGCAACGGGAGAGUUUGCAGAAGGGCCGGAAGAUGCUUUUGAGGAAAUUGUUAGGAGCCAAGGUCAAGGAGUUUCUAAUGACAGGAGAUUAGGAUUUCUUAUUGAAGUUGAUGAUGAAGAUGAUGAAGAAGAUUCUAGACAUGAACCUGAUGUAGCUCCUAGAGAAGAGGAAAAUGCUCAUAACCUAGUAGAGCUUCUCAAAGUGCAGAUAGAGCUUCUGAAAGUGCAGAUAGAGCUUCUGAAAGUCUAA